AUGGAUUCCAUUGACGCCAAGAGGUUACAUGACUAUGACAUUGAAGAAAACAGUAAUGAACAUGAAGGUUCAUUAAAAAAACAAAAAACUACUGAACGUGACGACGAAGAAGAGGGAAACAUAGAUUCUGAAUUAUUGAAUGCUGAAACUCACUACCAUGAGGAUGACGACGCCACUGCGGCAGCCGCCGCUGCUGUCACUGCUACUUAUAAUGAGUUAUUGCAGCACCGUGAGCAACAUCAUAAUGCUGAAGAUGAGUCACAUGUUGUUAUAGAUGAUGAUAUUAUUCGAGCAGAAGAUAUUCCAGAGAGUGCCCGUAAGGAUAGUGAGGCAGAAAAGCUGAAGAGUAAUCAUGACAAUGAGAAAUAUGAUGACAAAUUGCAAGAUAAAGAGGGUGAAGAAGGUGAAGAGGGCGUUCACGAUUCUAAGGAUGAGAUGAUAAAAUCCAUGACUGUGAAUCGUAGAGGUCGUAAGCCAAUGGCUAUAUCGGGGUCGGAAGAGUGGAAGAGACAACGUAAGGAUUCACAUAAAGAAGUUGAAAGACGCCGUAGAGAGAACAUUAAUACUGCUAUCGAUGCUUUAAGUAGUCUAUUGCCAAUCAAGGAAAGUAGUAAAGCCGCGAUCUUGACGAGAGCUGCCGAAUACAUAGAGAAAUUGAAAGAAACUGAAAAUGCUAACAUCGAAAAAUGGACUCUUCAAAAAUUAUUAAGUGAACAAAGUGCAUCACAGCUGGUUGCGGCUAAUGAGAAAUUACAAGAAGAAUUGGGUAAUGCUUAUAAAGAAAUUGAGCAUUUGAAACGCCAAUUGAAAAAGCAUGGGAUUCUCGAUACGGAGGAAACAGCCACUGGAAGCAACAAUGACGAUAAUAAGAAAAAUAAGAAGAAAUAA